CUGGUUCUGAUUCUGUUCUUCCUGCGCGCACGCCGGACUGGGAGCACCCCUGAUGCUGCUGCUCACAGGUCGAUGGGGAGUUUUUGUGUAUGCUGUCUCAAGUCUCGAUCUCGCAGCGACACGAGGGCUAGUUCCGGAGGCGAUGUUAUGUUACAUACAUACGGGGAGGGAGGGGACCGGCUGGCGGUUGUGUUGUGUUAUGUGUGGGUGUGUGUGUAUGUGCGAGCGAGCUACAUCGAGAGGGUGGGGGGAGGGGGGGCUGGUAGAGUGGGUGGGUAGGUGAUUACCGGGGAGAGAGGCGGGGCUGAUGAUGACGAUGGUUCUGCUCGUUUUUGUUGCCCUGCUGCUGGCUGGAAAGCGAAUCUGAGAUCUCGAAUGAGUGAGAGCGCGGUGGGUACAUGUGGCAUAUGAGAUCCAUGGACAGCUGGCCCCGGACAGCGAUGGGGGGGCCUACCUACCCUAUAAGCGUAGCCGAUAAUGAUCUGACUCGGUUCCGUCUCACCUCACCCUCCCUCAUGGGAGAGACAGCGAGCAUCGUGCAGAGCUUGAGGCGGAGCUUGGGCU